GGAAGUGGUAACGCAAUGAGGUUCUGUCUGGAUGAAUUGGAUCCAAGAGGUAGUAGCUCCACUGUGCAGCAUCAUAACAUAACGGAGUACACAAGGGUCUGGAUCCCUGACCCGGAUGAAGUGUGGCGCUCAGCUGAAUUAACCAAGGACUACAAAGAGGGUGAGAAGAGCCUCCAGCUCAAACUGGAAGAUGAGACUAUUCGGGAAUAUCCAGUUGACGCCCAGAACAACCAGCUACCCUUCUUACGGAAUCCGGAUAUCUUGGUGGGAGAAAACGACCUCACUGCCCUCAGCUAUCUCCAUGAGCCUGCAGUUUUGCAUAAUCUGAAGGUCCGCUUCCUGGAGUCCAACCACAUUUACACUUACUGUGGCAUUGUGCUUGUUGCCAUCAACCCUUACGAACAGUUGCCAAUCUAUGGGCAAGAUGUCAUCUACGCCUACAGUGGUCAGAACAUGGGUGACAUGGAUCCCCACAUCUUUGCAGUGGCAGAAGAAGCCUACAAGCAGAUGGCCAGAGAUGAGAAGAACCAGUCCAUCAUAGUCAGUGGGGAGUCGGGCGCUGGGAAGACGGUGUCGGCCAAGUAUGCCAUGCGCUACUUUGCCACGGUCGGUGGCUCAGCCAGUGAAACCAACAUCGAGGAGAAGGUCCUGGCGUCCAGUCCCAUCAUGGAGGCCAUCGGGAAUGCCAAAACCACUCGGAAUGACAACAGCAGCCGCUUUGGAAAGUACAUUCAGAUCGGCUUUGACAAAAGGUACCACAUCAUUGGGGCCAACAUGAGGACCUACCUGUUGGAGAAGUCCAGAGUCGUCUUUCAGGCAGAUGAUGAGAGGAAUUACCAUAUCUUCUACCAGCUCUGUGCUGCCGCCAGUCUCCCAGAAUUUAAAGAGCUUGCACUAACAUGUGCAGAGGACUUUUUCUAUACAUCCCAGGGAGGAGACACAGCCAUCGAGGGUGUAGAUGACGCAGAGGACUUUGAGAAGACUCGGCAAGCUUUCACACUUCUUGGAGUGAGAGAGUCCCAUCAGAUAAGCAUUUUUAAGAUAAUUGCUUCUAUCCUGCACCUGGGAAGUGUGGAGAUUCAGGCUGAGCGGGAUGGUGAUUCCUGUAGCAUAUCACCCCAGGAUGAACACCUAAGCAACUUCUGCCGCCUGCUAGGGGUGGAGCACAACCAGAUGGAGCACUGGCUGUGCCAUCGCAAGCUGGUCACCACCUCAGAGACCUAUGUCAAGACUAUGUCCCUGCAGCAGGUCAUCAAUGCACGCAAUGCCCUGGCCAAACACAUCUACGCCCAGCUGUUUGGCUGGAUUGUGGAGCACAUCAACAAGGCCCUGCACACCUCCAUCAAGCAGCACUCCUUCAUCGGGGUCCUGGACAUCUAUGGGUUUGAAACUUUUGAGGUUAACAGCUUCGAGCAGUUUUGUAUCAACUAUGCCAAUGAGAAACUCCAGCAGCAGUUCAACUUGCAUGUGUUCAAACUGGAGCAAGAAGAAUACAUGAAGGAGCAGAUCCCUUGGACCUUGAUUGACUUUUAUGAUAACCAACCUUGCAUCGACCUCAUAGAGGCUAAGUUGGGUAUCUUGGACCUCUUGGAUGAAGAAUGUAAGGUCCCCAAAGGAACUGACCAGAACUGGGCGCAGAAGCUCUACGACCGGCACUCCAGCAGCCAGCACUUCCAGAAGCCCCGCAUGUCCAACACGGCCUUCAUUGUGGUCCACUUCGCAGAUAAGGUGGAGUACCUCUCAGAUGGUUUUCUGGAGAAAAACAGGGACACAGUGUAUGAAGAGCAGAUCAACAUCCUGAAGGCCAGCAAGUUCCCAUUAGUGGCCGACUUGUUUCGUGAUGACAAGGACCCUAUUCCUGCCACCAGCACAUCAGGGAAGGGAUCGUCUUCGAAGAUCAACAUUCGCUCUGCCAGACCCCCCAUGAAGGCCUCCAACAAGGAACACAAGAAAUCUGUGGGCCACCAGUUCCGCACCUCCCUGCAUCUUCUCAUGGAGACCCUGAAUGCCACCACCCCACAUUAUGUUCGCUGCAUCAAGCCCAACGAUGAGAAGCUCCCCUUCCACUUUGACCCAAAGAGAGCCGUGCAGCAGCUCAGAGCCUGUGGGGUGUUGGAGACGAUUCGCAUCAGUGCAGCUGGCUACCCAUCCAGGUGGACCUACCAUGACUUCUUCAACCGGUACCGAGUGCUGGUGAAGAAGAGGGAGCUUGCCAACACAGACAAGAAGGCCAUCUGCAGGUCUGUCCUGGAGAGCCUCGUCAAGGAUCCUGACAAGUUCCAGUUUGGCCGCACCAAGAUCUUCUUUCGGGCAGGCCAAGUGGCCUACCUGGAGAAAUUGCGGGCCGACAAGUUCCGAGCAGCCACCAUCAUGAUCCAGAAAACCGUCCGGGGCUGGCUGCAGAAGGUGAAGUACCGCAGGUUGAAGAGGGCCACCUUAACCUUGCAGAAGUACUGCCGAGGAUACCUGGCCCGCAGGCUGGCUGAGCACCUGCGAAGGACUCGGGCAGCAGUGGUGCUCCAGAAGCAGUACCGCAUGCGGAGGACCCGCCUGGCUUACCAGAGAGUGCGCAGGGCUGCCAUCGUCAUCCAGGCCUUUGCUCGGGCCAUGUUCGUGCGCAGAAUCUACCGCCAGGUCCUCAUGGAGCACAAGGCCACCAUCAUCCAGAAGCACGCCCGGGGGUGGAUGGCACGCAGGCAUUUCCAGCGGCUGCGGGCUGCAGCCAUCGUCAUCCAGUGUGCCUUCCGGAGGCUCAAGGCCAAGCAGGAACUGAAGGCCCUCAAGAUCGAGGCCCGCUCAGCAGAGCACCUGAAACGCCUCAAUGUGGGCAUGGAGAACAAGGUGGUCCAGCUGCAGCGGAAGAUUGAUGACCAGAACAAAGAGUUCAAGACCCUGUCGGAGCAACUGUCGGCGGUCACCUCCAUGCACACCAUGCAGGUGGAGAAGCUGAAGAGGGAGCUGGCGCAUUACCAGCAGAACCAGGGGGCCGAUGCCAGCCUGCAGCUGCAGGAGGAGGUGCAGAGCCUGCGCACGGAGCUGCAGAGAGCCCACUCAGAGCGUAGGGUCCUGGAGGAUGCCCACAGCAGGGAGAAGGACGAGCUGAGAAAGAGAGUUGCAGACCUGGAGCAAGAAAAUGCUCUCCUGAAAGAUGAGAAAGAACAGCUGAAUAACCAAAUUCUGUGCCAAUCUAAAGAUGAAUUUGCACAAAACUCCGUGAAGGAGAACCUUCUGAUGAAGAAGGAGCUGGAGGAGGAGCGUUCCCGGUACCAGAACCUGGUGAAGGAAUAUUCCCGGUUGGAGCAGAGAUACGACAACCUGCGGGAUGAGGUGACCAUUCUAAAGCAAACCCCAGGUCAUAGGCGGAACCCAUCAAACCAAAGUAGCUUAGAAUCUGACUCCAAUUACCCCUCCAUAUCCACAUCUGAGAUCGGAGACACUGAGGAUGCCCUCCAGCAGGUGGAGGAAAUUGGCGUGGAGAAGGCAGCCAUGGACAUGACAGUGUUCCUGAAGCUGCAGAAGAGGGUGCGGGAGCUCGAGCAGGAGAGGAAGAAGCUGCAGGUGCAGCUGGAGAAGAGAGAGCAGGACAGCAAGAAAGUCCAGAUGGAACAACCAAGGAAUGAUGUAGAUUUGGACCAGGAUGCAGAUCUGGCCUACAAUAGUCUGAAGAGGCAGGAGCUGGAGUCGGAGAACAAGAAGCUGAAGAAUGACCUGAAUGAGCUGAGGAAAGCAGUAGCUGACCAGGCCACACAGAACAACUCCUCCCACAGCUCCCCUGACAGCUACAGCCUCCUCCUGAACCAGCUCAAGCUGGCCAACGAGGAGCUGGAGGUCCGAAAAGAGGAGGUGCUCAUCCUCAGGACCCAGAUCGUGAACGCUGACCAGCGCCGACUUGCUGGCAAGAGCAUGGAGCCAAACAUUAAUGCCAGAGCAAGUUGGCCUAACAGUGAAAAGCAUGUGGACCAGGAAGAUGCCAUUGAGGCCUAUCAUGGGGUCUGCCAGACAAACAGCCAGACUGAGGAUUGGGGAUACUUGAAUGAAGAUGGAGAACUCGGCUUGGCCUACCAAGGCUUAAAACAAGUUGCCAGGUUGCUGGAGGCACAGCUGCAGGCCCAGAGCCUGGAGCAUGAGGAACAGGUGGAGAACCUCAAGGCCCAGGUGGAGGCCCUGAAGGAGGAGAUGGACAAACAGCAGCAGACCUUCUGCCAGACACUGCUGCUAUCCCCAGAGGCCCAGGUGGAAUUUGGCGUCCAGCAGGAGAUAUCCCGGUUGACCAACGAGAAUCUGGACCUUAAAGAACUGGUAGAAAAGCUGGAAAAGAAUGAGAGGAAGCUCAAAAAGCAACUGAAGAUUUACAUGAAGAAAGUCCAGGACCUAGAAGCUGCCCAGGCAUUGGCCCAGAGUGACAGACGGCACCAUGAGCUCACCAGACAGGUCACAGUCCAGAGGAAAGAGAAGGACUUCCAGGGCAUGCUGGAGUACCACAAAGAAGACGAGGCCCUCCUCAUCCGGAACCUGGUGACAGACCUGAAGCCCCAGAUGCUGUCUGGCACAGUGCCCUGCCUCCCCGCAUACAUCCUCUACAUGUGCAUCAGACACGCGGACUACACCAAUGACGACCUCAAGGUGCACUCCUUGCUCACCUCCACCAUCAAUGGCAUUAAGAAAGUCCUAAAGAGGCUCAGAAGUUGUACUGAGGCCAAGAGACGCAGAAUCUCAGUAACACCGAUCUUUCCUCUCCAGGGCUUCAUGACUCAGAACACCGCAAAGCAGAAUGAACAUUGUCUUAAGAACUUUGACCUCACUGAAUACCGUCAAGUGCUGAGCGACCUUUCCAUUCAGAUCUACCAGCAGCUCAUUAAAAUCGCUGAGGGCUUGUUGCAGCCAAUGAUAGUUUCUGCCAUGUUGGAAAAUGAGAGCAUUCAGGGUCUAUCUGGUGUGAAGCCAAUGGGCUACCGGAAGCGCUCCUCCAGCAUGGCAGACGGGGAUAACUCAUACUGCCUGGAAGCCAUCAUCCGCCAGAUGAAUUGCUUUCACACCGUCAUGUGUGACCAAGGCCUGGACCCUGAGAUCAUCCUGCAAGUGUUCAAACAGCUCUUCUACAUGAUCACCGCAGUGACUCUUAACAACCUGCUCCUACGGAAGGACGUCUGCUCAUGGAGCACAGGCAUGCAACUCAGGUAUAAUAUAAGUGAGCUUGAAGAGUGGCUUCGGGGAAGGAACCUUCACCAGAGCGGAGCAGCUCAGACCAUGGAACCUCUGAUCCAAGCCGCCCAGCUCCUGCAGUUAAAGAAGAAAACCCACGAGGACGCGGAGGCCAUCUGUUCUCUGUGUACCUCCCUCAGCACCCAGCAGAUCGUCAAAAUUUUAAACCUUUAUACACCCCUGAAUGAAUUUGAAGAGCGAGUAACAGUGUCCUUUAUACGAACAAUCCAAGCACAACUACAAGAGCGGAAUGACCCUCAGCAACUGUUGUUAGACUCCAAACACAUGUUUCCUGUUUUGUUUCCAUUUAAUCCAUCUUCCCUGACGAUGGACUCAAUCCACAUCCCCGCGUGUCUCAGCCUGGAGUUCCUCAAUGAAGUCUGAAGAUGUGCGUUUCCCACGCCAGCUUGCUUCCCAGUGAGAGCAAGAAGGAAACAUGUGCAGUGAAAUGACCCUGCGCAUCUGUGGAAUCUGGUAAAAAUGGAUCAAAUCGGAGAUGGAGAGCCUGUGGAAAGUGUGAACUAAGACACAUCUCUCUCAUUAUUUUGGGUACAUACUGCUCAGAAUAAAAACACCUGAAAUAAGUUUUUUUUUUUAAAGGUUUGAUUUCAGUCUUAAAAAAAAACCAAAAAACACAAACACACACAAUAAUCUACAACCACCAAGCAGUCCCUGUGGCCAUCUAAAAGGUAUCUGUUCUAUAAAGUGGAAGUGGCCCAGCUCUGAUCUUUGUUAACUGAAGAAUGUCUAAAUUAAGAUAUUAAAAAUAUAUAACAAAUUUCCUGCAGAGGACUUACCCUUAUUUGUAACCUUGAAAAUGGCAUCUACUGACAUCCGGAGGUUGACAAACCACAGGAGUGGGUGAGCUUGUGGCGAGAUGUUUUGAAAACAAAAAUAAUGGGCCUGGGCCUCUGAGAAGCUGUGAAUCAGACAGUGGUACAAGUGACUUCCAGAUAAAGUAUUUUGCAUAUUAGUUUCUAAAGCAAAAUUAAUAGACCCAGUCUCUAAUAUGCUCAGGGUCUUUGGGUAGUCCUGGGUUUUUAAAGAGUUAGGCUGAAAAUGCUACUGUCCCAGGUAUCAAAUGUGAGAAAGAUGGAAAAAUAUUAAAAUGCUAGUCUGCACUCACCAACAAAACUUCCACACAAAAAAUGUAUAUAAGCUAACUAUUAGAGAAUAACAAUUCUUUAUUAACAGAUGUAAAAAGUCAGUGUGAAAACUUAAUCUCUUAAUGCCAUAAACCUCCAAUACAUCAUAUAAUUUGCUACUAAUCCCAGACACCCAAGAAAGGAAGAAAAAUAGACUGCAGUUUGAGAACUCUGAGAACUUUAAGAAAUAAUACAUAAUCAUUAAGUUAUUUUCCAAAGACUUGUGGUUUUUGUUUUGUUGGGAUUUGGGGUUGCUUUGGGUUUUUUUUUUUUUUUGAAAGAAUAACAUGGCUUAAGCCAACUUCUUAAGCUUAUUUUCAACAUUUUUCAUAUUUACCACAUAAAAAUCAUUGUAAAUAUCUCUGCUGUGAAAUAAAGAUUUAGCAAGAGUAUUCAGUAAUAUCACAUAAUAGAUAUAAAGUCCACUGUUAGGAUUUUUUGUUUUGUUUUUGAGGGUUUGGGGUUCUUUGGGACUCUCCAAAAGAUUUCUCUACAUGUUGGAAGUAGAACACCCUCCACCCCAUCUUGUACUCAGCCACCCAACUUAGAAGGCUCUUAGGAGCACAGCACACCCUCAGCACAAAACAGUCCUCUGUCCUGUGCUGGUGGAACUCGGUGUCCCGUCUUCCUCCUCAUCUGGGGCAAGAACAAGGCACAGGGCCUGGUGAAAGCUGCUGACAGUUGUGUUCAAAGGCACUGUCAUCAGUCAGCAUCUUUGCCUCUGUCCACAUUAAACAUCCUGGGGCCCCUUGGAUAUCUGCAGGGUGGUGCCUUCCCUCCUUAGUUUGAGGUUCGUAGUCACUGACAUCCCUGGGACAGACCUUUCAACCCACAGGCUGACUUCAGAAAACCAAUCUAAAGCAACUGGGAUUGUGGCUACCUCUGCUUUAAAGUCUUUUGUGAAAUAUGAUAUGCUUUCUAAUGCACUUUAGUUUGAAAUUAAGUCUCAUGUAAAGACUGUCCUGACCUUCAAGAUAACCAAAAAUGCCUUGAUAUUAGCAAUACGCAAUUUUAACAAGCAGUGAUUCCACAAAUACAAGGGCUUACUGUCCUUAAACCAUUAUCCCUCCACACUCUGGGUUGCUACUCUGCUGUCACUGGUUCAUCACUAGAGGCCAAGAGCUCACUGAACAAAAGUGUGGCAGUUAGAAUACAUGGGGUAGACAAGUUCAUGAAUUGUCCUCUUGGCCUCUUCCAAAAGACAGGGCAUUCAGUUGGAAUUCUAAUUUACAGAUGACUGAAAAAUACAGUAUUGAUUGCAUAAUGUUUAGAUCUGCCCAAUUUAACGUCAUACUUGGAGGCUGAAAGAAGGUGAACUUGAACCUUUUGUUGGCUUUUUAUCCCCAAGUGUAAAGUCAAUAAACCUCAAACACUUCCCAACUUCAUGAAAUUGGAUGACUUAAUUUAAAUAAUUCAACUUGAAGGUUUAAAUUCACCAAAUAUCUCUGCUUUCCAUUGUUUAAAAUUUGACAACUUUUCUCCGUGCCUUUAACAGUUACUGAGAUAACUGAUUUAUCAAUUGUUUCUCUGAAAUAAGUGUUGCCGUGGAAAGAAUUUCAAAGUUCAGUGUAACAACAUAGUGGACUUUUCCCUUUUGAAACAGAAGCAUUUUAAAGGUUACUGAAGAAUCAAAUAUUUAUAGCAAACAACUUGUGUUGUAUUACAUGGGACCUGUUUACCUAUAAUAACGGGUGUAUUUACCCAUGAAUUAAUCGUUGCUGAUACUGACAAGCACAGUUCUCCAUGCAUUCUCCUUGUGCUAUCAGAGUCAUGGUAUCUAUAGGCUCACCUGGGAAGCAGAUUAGACCCAAAGGUAGACUUUCCCCCACUUUCCAUGGAGCAUGCUGUUAGGGGUUAUUUCCCUUGAUUCUUCCUAGUAAUAAAUUUUAAGGCUUUGUUUAAAAAAAAAAAGCCAUGAGCUUGGAAAAUUUAGAAUGAAUUUCUACCAUCAGGGCUGGGGUUGUGGCUCAGUGGUAGAGUUCUCCCCUAGCACACAUGAGGCACUGGGAUCACACCUCAGCACCAUAUUAAAUAUAGUGUGUCCACCUACAACUAAAAAUUUUUUAAAAUAUUAGCCUUAAUGAAGGCACUAAGAUUGUAGUAACAAGUUAGAACCCAUUUACUUUGCAUUGUCUUCAGACUGUUGGCCUAAUCCUAAGGCAGUGAGAGUGUCCUAAAUUGAAGCAUUUGUACAAUGCCUAAGUGACUACAUGGUUACUGAAAUGUGACCACAUGGGGCAGGACCCUUCCAUUUUUCUCACAGAAUAUUUGCAGUCUCUAAAAUUAAUCUGCAUGAGCCAAAUAACCAGAAUUUACUUUUUGUAUACAUUGGUGCCAUAAUUAGAACAUUAAGGAAUAUAGAAAAUUAGAAGUGAAUGCCAAUGACUAAUACGGGACUGGAUUUUUCUCAUAAAGGUCAUUAGAUACUAAUUGUUUUUCCUUAAAAAAUUCUAAUUAAAGGGAAUCAGAUGAAAUUAAGCUACUUUCUAAAAUGACACAAUAUAAUCCAGAUUCAGAUCUAACAUUUUGCCAUCAACUGAUGUUUAGAUGAAGGACUUCCUCUCUGAAGGAGUCCACACCAUUUUCAGGGGUAAAUAUAUCAUUACAGAAGAAAUGCUACUGAUAAAAGUAUUUUUCCAUUUUGGACAAAUAUGUAAAUUACACCUUUGUUUAUAGAAAAAAUGCUUGUAAUAGUCACUGUUAAUAUUCAGCUGUGGAUAAAAUUUGUGGAAAUAAAUACUUUUGAAUAAAA